AUUCAGGCCAGCUAGUUCUUCCCAGAAAUCUUGUCUCUCCCUAUAUUUGCAGGGGCCAUAGACCCCUGAGAGCCACCAUUCCAAACCAUUCAACUCUCUGAUUUUGAUGGAAACUAAGAACCCUCCUACUAGAGACUCGACAACUGAGAUAUGUUUAGUGUUCCACAUAACAACUAUACCCCCAGAACUUCCUUGUGCAGGGGCGAAAACCCAUUCUUUAAAUCUGCUUCCCCACACACUUGCCACUAGCUUUCUAUCAAUUGUGGCCGUUUUUGUUUCUUGUAAAAUGAUGAUAUCAGCCCGUGCUCGACGGAAGUAGUCCUUCAAAAGCACCAUUUUCCUUCUGCUGCCCAAACCUCUAAUAUUCCAGCUAAUUAUCUUCAUUUAAAUUUAUCAAACCCCUUUUGCUCUUCCUUUUCUCUCCUCUUCCCACCCGCACCCCUGAUCUUUUACCGAGGAAUAAGGAUUUUUUUAAUGGCAGCAACGAAAUCUUCAUGUUUGACAAAAAUUCGCUAGAUCGUCCAGUAGCCUCCCAUUUGUCAAAGACUCGGCCGGACCUUUUCCUUCUGCUAUAUUUAAGCACCUUGUUGUUGUCGUCGUUGUCCUUGGUUUGAUUUUGUUCGACCACCUCAAAAUCUUGUCUGUAAUCCCGUUGGGUACCCUCCUCUUCAGUUGCCGAAAUCACUUCCUUGUCUCCAUCGAAGAAUAGGUCCUUCAGUAUACCUUCACCACUGUCAAUUGGAUCGAAAUUAUCCUUUUCAUCUUGGGACGAAUCCCCGAGCUCAACUUCUGAUUCCGAAACCUGAGACCAAUCAUCUUCCUCAACAAGGUUAUCGAAAUCCAGAGUUGGAAAUAAGUUUCUUGAGGAAAUAUUGCUGAUGACCGGUUCCAUCCUUUGUGCGGCUGAUGUUACACAGAGAGGAUUGUGACCCAUUAACUCCUCCAUCCCUUCGUCCUGAUCCGAAUCGUCAUCUAGGGAUUGAAGAUUAGAAGCACCGAUUUUCUUUGGCGUAUCUUCCUCAACGAUGUUCAGCCGCGAUCCGAACUCUUUUGGAUGAACAAUUUUAAACCUUUUCGCUGCAUUGACUAAGUCUCCGAAUUUCGCAGUAAAUUUCAGAUUGCUGCACAUUAUAGUGGCUUCGAUUCCCGUCUCGUGGGCCCGAAAGGUGCUUCUUUCUGAUGCCAUCUGGACAGUGUGAAACAGAUGUACAAACUGAAAAUUUGGUAUCACCAUUACUUCUUUUCCGUGACGGGCCCGAAGGUUUAGCCCAAAGAGUUCUAACUUUAUAGGUCUCUGGGGGUUCCCAAGAAGAGCCCCAAUUUGGAUCUGUCCGUUACAGACUUUGUGUGGGCCUGACCCAUCAUUUUCCCCACCAAUAACAUUGAAAUUCUUCUGAUCACUGGUAGGCCCACAGUCCACUUGGGACUGUCCGUCAUAAGCUUUGAGAGGGCCGCAACCCACCUUCCCCUCGAAAUUAAUAUUAAAAACCCCCUGAUGAGUGGGAGACCCACUUGCAACCUCCUCAUGAAUAUAAAAAUCCUUUUCCAGGCAACUAGAAAUCCCACCCACUGUUGAAGACACUCCUUUUGACAGAUUAAAAUAAUCCCCUCCAUUUGAAAUCACUCCUUCCACCAAGAUUAAAUUUCCGCUUGGGGAGUUGCUCCCUCCUUCUGGCAACUCUCGAUCAGACGAUGAGACACCUUGCUUUUCCCGGACAUAAACUUCCAAUUCCUUACUCCACCCACCGUCUGUCAGCUUUUCUUCCGACAGCACGCCUUGCUUUCUGCCAGAGCCCAUGAUGAUGGGACAUUUAAACUCCCCAAUCUGAAAGCACGCACGUGACUCAACUAAAGGGCAAGAUUGAUUUCCCGGUUUUGAAAUCGCCAUUGCCGGAGGCAAUAUUCCGUUCGCCUUCUGUGUCUUCAGUUCAGCCUUCAAAUGACGACUAGACAUCUUCAGAUGACGAGAUUCUCCGUACUCGGCUACCGAAGCCUUAGGUCUCCUUGCUGGCGAAAUUUGUCUAAUUUUUACCCUGACGACCAAAUCUCCAUCUGCCACUUCCACAAACUCUGGAAUAAACCCAGUAUUGUUUUGUUUGAUUCUUAUCAUAGCUUCAAGCAAGAAUUCAAAAUCAGCUGUUUUCCUGUCAACUUCUACCAGCCCACCACAAGCGUCACCGAUCUCAUGAAAGAAAUCGCUUGUCCACAGAUGCGGCGGUAAUCCUUCCAGAGCAAUCCAUCCUCCAUAACUGACCACCUUCCUCUCGCUUGGUUUGAUGCUUUCCCACCAUCCGGACAGCACCACGUCCGGGAGUCCGAUCAUGGAAAGGACGCCAAUUUGGGCAAUCUGUGCUGCUUCCUCCUCAUUCUUACAAACAAACAAAGCCUUAUUGCAUUGGAAGGGCACAAGGCUUGCUUUCCAUCCCACGAUAUUUAGAAUUGAGUCCUCCACCUCUCUCCAAGGCUGAUGCACCACUUGUCUUUCACAGACAAUUACACUUCCCCAAUUAAAAGCUUCCGGGGAUUUUUCACUCUUGGUCCGUCUCUUCUCAAUCCAAAUUUUCUCACCUGCGAUUGUAUUCGGCACCAGGUUUGUUGCCUUUAUUCCUCCGAGAGCUGCAUCUUUAUAUGACAACUGAGGAACCACACACGAAUGGGUCCUCGGGGGCUCGGGUGCCUCCCUCCUCGCAAGGGUACCCGAGGUACCCCCCCCUUUCUUUCCUCCUUGCAAGAUUUCGGACAAAAACUCCUUCAUUUUCCUCCACCCAAAAAAAUUGACUCCUUUGGGAACGAUAAUCUUCCUUACAAGCCCCUGCUUUUCUGAUUUGGACAGAACAAGGAAGAUCCCAUUCUUGUUGUUGAAGCUUUCCACCCAAAACUGGUAGUUAAGACCCCUAUACAGUCUGAAAAAGCUCUGAGCACUUGCUGUGAUCGCCUUUUUAAUCUGAACACUGAGCCAAGAGGCACACCCCAAGUCAAAAGAAAUCUGAAACCCUCUGAAUCUAGUCCUCUCAGUUAAACAUAUCCUUUCGCCCAAGGACUUGUCUUCCACUUCUAGGAUGAAAACCUUUUGCUCUACUUUGAAAUCUCUGGCUAGAUGCUUGUAUCUCACAUUCCUUCCUGACAACCGAGAGCUUGGGCGGACCCUUUCCCGUUUCUCCCAAUCUCCUCUCUCCCAUCCCUUGUGUCGCCUCUCUCCCAUCCUCACCUCAAUAAGUUAAGUUGUUGCAACAUCAAUCCGACGACAUGAAACAGAAGGAAACAUAGCGUAGUGUUAAAAAUACUGGAAUGGUUAUCCCUCUGUUACAGUUGAUAACAUUCAGUCCAGUCCGCCCCAGAUUUAAUCAAACCCAUUUCAAGGGUUGACGUUCCCCAGUAGAUGUACCAGGUACUAAAAGUAAGCACGUGAAUGAGCUUCCUCUGGAAAGUCUUAGAUAACAGAAGGUGGUUUUUGAGUUUAGAGAACUAAUUGUCAUGGAACUCUGAUGCACAAGUGAUUUGCUUCGUUUGAAUGUUCUGAAGUUUUUCGGUGGAAAUUAACCGUUGAAUUACAAAUACAUUGUUUCUUACAAUUGCCCCAUUACUAGAACAAAACUGUACCAUUUGUUAUUUCUAUAUGUUUAUUCCUUCCUGUAAAUACGAUGAAGACACAUACAUGUUUGUAAAACUUUCUGCAAAUUUUAUGCAUUCACUUUUAAAACCCGUGGCAACGCCCGUGGCACAAUUGCUAGUAUAUACUAAAACCCAAGUUUUUGGGUUACUAUUGAUCUAUAGUGUGCGGACGAAUUUGCCCCUCGCUCUUUCCUCUGUUUUCCUGUUGUUGCCUUCUUUGAACAGUCGAGUGGCUCUUCUGCUCUUUCCAUCCACGCGUUCACCAUCGACCCACCCUCUAUUUCGGUUUGUAUGUUCAAGGGUUUUCCAUUUGUUUCCACUGCUCUCACAGUUCUCUUUUCUAUCGUUCUGGAACUUGCUCUCUCUCUCUCUGUUACUUUUUGGUUCUCACAGAUUCCGGUUGUCUUCGUACCUGUCCGACCAUAGAAGCCAUCAUUGAUCAAGCCUUUAUUUCGGCGACAUCCUCUCGAUUUUUGUCUUGGUCUCGCUGAUUCCAGUUGCGGCUGCACCCUUUACAAAGUUGAUACCACUUUGGAUCAAUUUUUUCAAACCCGGGGCUCAAUUUUUUCCGGGUUCGUUCAGCUCAUCGCGUUACUGUUCAGGAGAUCCAGUUGUGAAGGUUCAGAGUGAAAAAAAACUCCUUUACAGAUGACAUUUUAGGGUUGUGGUCGCAUCACCAUUGACACUCUGUGUGGCAUUUGUGUGCCCAUCAAAGUGUUUAUAAACAACCAGAAGGUUGGUUCAAGGAUUUUGCAUCUGAACUCAAUUCAGCAAAAAUAUGAUAGUAUUUGAAAGACUCAGAAUUGCUAAUGGAUUCACUUUGCUUGGAAUUUUCAGAUUGGUUGCUUAACAAUUUGAGAGUUGCAGUAAUCUUCCCAUGCACGUUGUUGUCAUACUGCCAUGAGCUUAACAAAGGUACUCAAUGGUUGCUGAUUUCAAGUUCACGUACAGAUGUGAUUGAUGGGUCAAGUCCCAUAAGGAGGUGGAAGCAGAAGAAGAGUUGGCGUCACGCUGGAGUUUUUCAACCAAAAGGAGUUUCCGUUGACACUCGAACUAGGGUUCUGUCAUCUGCUGAUCUGAACUGAAGUCAUCCGACAUUGAAAUCGGAUCCCAACGGCCAUGUCUUUCUUUCCCUCCAAUUCCCAAAUCCAAACCCAAAAUGCCGACUCCCGUUUCCAGGCCACCGUGCUCGUCGGCGCUCCAUCCUUCCCCGACGCCAUCGCUUGGUCCGACGAGAACCUCAUCGCUGUAACUUCCGGCCACCUCGUCACCAUUCUGAAUCCGGCUGCUCUGCCUUUUGGACCAAGAGGCCUAAUCACCAUAAAAAACAGCCAACCUUUUCCGAGUGGUGUCAUAGAUAGACAAGAUUUAUUCUCUAAUUACAUGCUGCCUACCAUUUUAUCACGGGAUCAAGAACCCUGUGUUCGAUCGAUUUCUUGGUCCCCAGUUGGGCUUGCUCCGAACGCAGGCUGCUUGCUGGCUGUCUGCACCACCCAAGGUUUCGUCAAGCUUUAUUGCUCCCCAUAUUGUGAUUUUUGUGCUGAAUGGAUAGAGGUUGCGAAUAUAUCUGCCAAGCUUUAUGAUUAUCUUGCGAGUAUUAAUUUUGGGGAGGUAUGGGCUUCUUCAUCAAAACUGCAAGAUGUAAAUGAGCAUGAAAUAGAGCCUGAGAUUGACUAUGACCCGUCGAAACAAAAGAGUUCAAAUAAGAUUGUUCGUGCUUCAAAAUCGAAAGUAAAACCUGCCAAGGAGAUACCAGAAAAUAGCACACUCCCUCUUAUAACUGCGGAUCAAUACGCUUCUCGCACUGCAAUGCUAUCAUCUCUUGUAGUUGCUUGGUCGCCAAUGCUGCAUUCACUAUCCAAAAUCUGUUCAGUUCCUCAAGAUGGUUCGUCCAUGUCGUUACUUGCAGUUGGUGGGAAGUCCGGGAAAGUUUUUGUAUGGAGAAUUCCUGUACCAGAAUGCUACUCUGUUGAUCAAAUUAGGGUCCCGGCAACUGUGGCGCUCAUAGGGAUGCUUCAGGCACACAAUUCAUGGAUCACAGCUAUUGGUUGGGCAUUGCUUGAUUCCGAUUCUUCAAAUCCUAAAGUUUUGUUGGCUACAGCGAGUACUGAUGGGAGUGUGAGGAUCUGGCUAGGGAAUAAUGAAAAGUUGCUGAAGUCAUCAGAACCUAGUCACACUUCUUUUUCCUUAUUGAAGGAGGUUGCAAGCGAUGCUGCCCCAGUUUUUGUACUUUCAGUCAUUGUGCCUACCAAGUCUCCAGACAAAAUUCACUUAGCAGUUGGAAAAGGAUUUGGCUCUUUUGAAUUGUGGAUAUGCAACAUAUCUAGCCAAAAUUUUGACAAGAUUGGCACAUAUGAUGCGCAUGGCCAGAUAGUUACAGGAUUAGCUUGGGCGUUUGAUGGGCAAUCUUUGUAUAGCUGCAGCCAGGAUAAUGUUAUACGCUGUUGGAUUUUGAGUGGAAGUUCUCUAUGUGAAGUACCUAUUCCUUCAAAUACUCCUCGUCUGAGAAACUCAACUGAUUUACCAGAAGAAUUUGUUUCUUGCUUUGGUCUGGCAGUGUCCCCUGGAAAUCUUGUGAUUGCUUGGGUUCGAAAUACUGAUGUUGAACAAUUAAACCCAAUGUACGAGGCAAGGACUCAAAAGGCCAUUGUUGAGUUUUUCUGGACUGGUGGGCAGCAAGUAGAUGUCUUGCCAAACAAUUCCCUACAUUUUGAUAUUGAAGCGAUUCCUGGUUUUUCUGAGGAGUUGGUUUAUUGGGAGUCCAACUUUCUAUGGUCCUUAAAGCAGUAUGAAAUGCAAGAUAAACCUCUGGUUGUUUGGGAUAUUGUAACAGCAUUGUUGGCUUUCAAUCAUUCUAAACCAGAGUUUGUAGACGAAGUACUGAUUAAGUGGCUGUCUAUUUCAUACUUGGGAUCUCAAGCGGGCAUUCCUGCUGAAACGGUUUUGUUGAACGUCUCCCAAAGUUGCUCAAUAGUUACUUCUCGCCGAUUACACCUUCUCAAUAUAAUCUGCAGACGUGUGAUUCUAUCAAAGAUGAAGGCUGAUGAAAUAAACAGUAAAUUACUGAAUUUGAAAGGAGUACUUGGUGCUGAUAAAGAGAAGCGGUCUUUGUGGAUCAAUCUGCUUUUGAACAGUGAAAAAGAACUCCGGGAAAGGCUUGUGGGAUUUACAUUUUCUGCUCUUUUAAGUCAAAUGCCUAUUUCAGCCCCAAAUUCUCCAUCUGGAAAGUGGUUUCCUGUUGGCUUAGCACAAAUGGAGCAGUGGAUUAAGCUUAAUCAUGAUCAUGUGCACGGUCAGCUAAAGGUCCUCGCAUCCGAAGUUGGAAAGCGGGAUAGGAGGUUUAAGUCCAGUAAAUGCACAGCAGCAGAGAUGUGCAGCUAUUGUUUAGCAUCAGUUCCAUUUGAAUCUCCAGAAGUUGCCAUCUGCAGCGGAAAGGGCCACAAACUAGUCAGGUGUUCCAUUUCUAUGGAGAUUUGUCCCACUACUCCAACAUGGUUUUGCACAUGCUGUCAUAGACGAGCUUCCAAACCGGCACCAGCGACUUUGUUUGCAACCCCCGAUCUUCCUUUGAAUUUCAAAUCUUUGGCUGCAUCGCCUUUGCUAGACGUAUCUUUAAAACCAUCGUGUCCUUUUUGUGGUAUACUACUACAAAGACUACAACCGGAUUUCCUACUUUCUGCAUCACCCACUUAAGCAAAUGAGUUCCGUUCUUGUGCCUGUCGAAGAUCGAAUUUGGGUCAGAGAAGAAGAUAGAUUACACUAGCAGAGUUUGCCUCCUGAGGAUGUAGAAAGAUUGUAGUUUAGUACAUUAGAGUUAAUCGUGUGUGUAUGUAUCUCUUUGUUUUCAACCAGAAUAUAUUUAUAUAUCUCUUGAUGGUAAAGGCAAGUUGACGUCAGUGAAGAAA